GCACCUCGGCACAUCCCCGGCCGCGCCGCGACCCACCUGUCCAAUGCACGAUUUUCCACCAGCUGAAUAGAGCCUGCAUGAGAGCUUGUAGACACAGCCCUUUGUCCGGUGGAUUGCUUUAGUCGUUACUCAUACCCUCCAUCCCGGCCCAAGAUGGCGUGACGAGCGAUCGGGAGUUGACCGUCUUUCUCCGGCAGUUGGAGAAGACAUUGUCGGCCAGUCAUGGAGGCGGGAAGCCCAAGGCCGUCGCUUAAGCGGCGGCGAGUCUCGAGCUCCGCGGUCGAUAUGCAAUCGACCAUCAAACAGCCGGGCGCAAUCGAAAUCAACGUGCAGGGCGCGUACAUUAUCGCCCACGAAAAGGACGAAUCUUUGCACUCCCACGGCCCCAGCACGCGUGCUACAUCCCGACCCAAUCCGGACGGAGAGGAGAAGUCUUAUCAGUACCACAAGCGCGACAUCCGCCUUCCCAACCACAAUGCCGUCGUCAGUCACGUGGCCGCCGACAUUGGCGGAUCGCUGGCCAAAGUCGUCUACUUCUCGCGAGAAAACGGGCAUGCCAAGACGGGCGGCCGGUUGAACUUCCUCUCAUUCGAAACGGAGCGCAUCGAUGAAUGCAUCGAGUAUCUCCGCCAGUUGCAGUCGAAGCAUAUGCGGGUAAAUGGAUCCACCAAGGCCGCGGAGCUCAGCGUCAUGGCGACCGGCGGCGGCGCCUACAAGUUCUACGAUAGAAUCAAGGAACAACUGGGCGUCGACGUUGUGCGCGAAGACGAGAUGGAAUGCCUCAUCAUGGGGCUGGACUUUUUCAUCACCGAGAUUCCGAUGGAGGUGUUCACAUACGACGACACGCAUCCCGAGAAUGAGGUGACGUACCAGGAGACCUCGUCCGACAUCUAUCCCUAUCUGCUCGUCAACAUUGGCAGUGGAGUGUCGAUGAUCAAGGUUUCCGGCCCAUCGCAGUUUCAGCGUAUUGGGGGCACGUCACUCGGAGGCGGCACCCUUUGGGGACUGCUAUCGUUGCUCACGGGCGCGCGGAGUUUCGACGACAUGCUUGCAAUGGCGGACAAGGGCGACAACAGCGCGGUGGAUCUGCUCGUUGGAGACAUCUACGGGGAAGGUAUGGGGUAUGAGAAGAUUGGGCUAAGGGAAAAGACGAUCGCCAGUAGUUUCGGCAAGGUGUUGAAACGGAAACGAGAGGCGGAGCGGAGGGCGGAAGACGGCAGUUUGAGUGAUGGUGAUGGCCAUCGCACCAAAGACCCGCCGAACGGCGCCGCUUCUGGAUCGUCUAGCAACUACCUCGUUGGCGGCGGAAGAAUGUUCAAAACGGAGGAUAUCUCGAGGAGUCUACUCUACGCAAUCAGUAACAACAUCGGACAAAUCUCGUAUCUGCAGUCGGAGAAGCACGAUCUUCAACGCAUCUAUUUCGGCGGGUCAUUCAUCCGCGGGCAACGGCAGACCAUCCACACUUUAUCCUACGCCAUCAAGUUCUGGAGCAACGGAGCCAAACAGGCAUACUUCCUCCGACACGAGGGCUAUCUGGGAGCCACGGGUGCGUUCCUCAAACGGAAGCCGGUGGACUGGGGGAGGAGGGGCAGUGUGGACGCCAUGGAGACGGGUUGAGUCAUUGUCGGUUGAGUGACAUGCCGACACUGGCGAUGUGUUCACUUCGCAAUGGACGGACCGUGAAGACGCCGACCCAUUCCAAGACGUGUGGCCAAUAUCUCACCGCAGGCGAUUGCCUGGGCCGAGACCGUACGAAUCGGGAGUGAAAUGAGGGUGCCUGUUGGAAGUACACGGAAGACGCAAAUAGACAGGCCUGAUGUAGUCCGGAGGCGGAGACGGGAUGAUGAUAGCAAAGGCCGCGCCCCGAAACACUUGGCAACUACGCCCCCCCUUCCCUCAGGCAACUAGAGUAUCAGGUUUAGGGGGUAGCUCAGGGAUGGAACAGUG